GGAACGUUCGAUCAUCUCGCGAGAAGUGAGUAGAGAGGUCAACGUGGCUUUCGGGCUGAAACGCAAAUAAUGGAAAGAAUCUGCACACUUUUACAGAUAUAUCACAAAUGAAUGACUAUGAUUGAAAGUCAUGCAUGAUCAGUCAGACAUACCAAGUAAGCAUACAUUUCGAGAGACAGUGGCAGCUGCUCAGAAACCUCGUUUUAUUGCUUGCUUGUUUGUCAACAACUGCGUCGGAGGCUCAGACUCAGCUGCCGUGAAGGAAAAGGUGCGUUCAUUGGUUGUCGUUCAGCAGCUUGUCAGCGACCAUGGCGGAGAGCGUUUCCUCUGGUGAAUUCUCGAGCUCUCUGACGAACUCCGCGGGGCUACCUCCGCCGAGGACUCGAAUCUUCAAAAUCAUCGUCAUCGGGGACUCGGGGGUUGGGAAGACGUGCCUGACCUACCGCUUCUGCGCCGGAAAGUUCCCCGAGAAAACCGAGGCCACGAUCGGGGUGGACUUCAGGGAGAGGCUGGUGGAUAUUGACGGCGAGAAGCUCAAGAUCCAGCUAUGGGACACAGCAGGCCAGGAGCGCUUCAGGAAGUCUAUGGUGCAACACUACUACCGCAAUGUGCAUGCUGUCGUCUUUGUCUAUGAUGUUACCAACGCUGCCAGCUUCCGCAGCCUCCCGGCCUGGAUCGAGGAGUGUAAGCAGCACGCGCUAGGCACAGAAGUGCCGAGGAUCCUCGUUGGAAACAAGUGCGACCUACGAGACUCCGUCCAAGUAGGAACAGAUGUGGCGCAGCAGUUCGCUGACUCCCACUCUAUGCCUUUGUUUGAGACCUCUGCUAAGAACCCAAAUAGCCAGGGCGGCAUGAGCUCUGGCAAUAGUGACCAUGUUGAGGCUAUUUUCAUGACGGUGGCUCACAAGCUCAAGUCUCAAAAGCCUCUGGUGUUGAGCCAGCUUCCUGUGGGAUCAGGAGGCAGCAUCAGCUUGAGCAGCAGCAGGGAGGAUGGCACCGAUGGGUCGCGGGGCUGGGCUUGCACCAGCUGCUGAUUUUUGGAGGUACCAGACCAAUGGUUCAUGAGGACACACAAACUGAUUUGCAGCUACAAAGAAACGACAGUCGUACAUGCUUGUGCUUAUAUUCGUCAAUGACUGUAUUGGCUGGGUCGCAGGCAGAUUACCGUGUUGGAAUGAAAAUGAGAUGGUGCACCUGUAUGAUCAUAAAUCACUUCAUCUGUGGUGUGUGCUCUUUGCAAACAAUAAUUACUGUAGCUUUAAUACAGAAUUUAAAAUUCA